CGCCAGCCCAACGAUCAGUUCACUGCGAGCGCUUACAGCGUCUGGUGCGUUGCGACAGAAGAACGAGUGCCAGCUAACCCGAAAAACCAAUAAAACAAUCCACCGCAGACCCAAACAAACACAACAAACUAAAGGACAUAAUCCCAGCACAGCGACCCAGAACAAAGCGAACUCGUACAUACAUCCAGUGCAAAAAUUGUGCGGGCAAUGAGUCGUGAUUCGAAUGUGGCACGAUUUUAAUUAAAUCGACAGUUAUUGAAAGAAUUAAAACAAAUCACAAAGUACGCAUCACAGUUGAAUUGAAUUCCGCUGAGCGGAAAACCACGCGUCGUGUUGCACGGCUCAGAACCAGAUUCGGAAUCAGGAUCGCAUCCCGACCAUAUUCCUAUUCAUAUUCAUAUUCAUAUUCAUAUGCAGUGCGCGCGAAAUUCCUGUCGGCUGUCCUUGUCGUAUUGUUUAUGCAUUUGUUGGAUGUUGGUUCUGCGAGUCUCCCUCUAACACGUAGCAGCGGCGUCAACAGCUUUCACUUGAUGUUUAUGCAGCCUCCUUCGACACUAAGCACCAAUCGGAUUCAGUGAGCCAAAGGUCCUGACCUGCCGUCAGCAAAAGUGAGAGGAAAAAAAUUUUAGGAUUAGUCCACGGCUGAAGCGAAAACAAACGCCCACUUCACGCGAGCACUUCACGACUCCACAAUGCGUCUGCCGCGCACAGCCCCAGUGCUCUGGCUCUGGGCCUGGCUAACCUUGGCCACCUCCGGCAUCCUGGCCUAUCCGAACAGCCAGCAGCAGCAGCCGCUGGUCACCUAUGUGACCACCUCGACGACAUCCAGCCAACGGAGCCAGUCCGCCAACCAGCCCCUGCAACCGGCGUUUGUCUAUGACUCACCUCCUCCGGAAGGGGAGGAGGAGUCUAGUUCUAGGCAUCCCCUGGCCCCGGCAACGUCCAAUGUCCGGAACGAGGAGACUGAGCCGUCAAAGAAAGUCAUCGGUUCCAGUGGAACCCCACCGGUGUCCGUAGUUCUCGAUGGAAAUGAGCCGCAGUUCACGGAUGCUCUGGGCCACAAGGUGCCCAAACCACAGCCGUCCUUGCAAGUGGCCAGUCCAAUCGUUCUUCUUAACCCAGACCGCUACGAAUUCUACACAUUCGACGAGCACGGCGAGCUCGUCAAGCGGUUGAUGACCAUGGAAGAGAUUCAGAGCAUUGUGGCCAACGGAGACGGGGAGGGGCCAUCAAUCAUCCAUCCGGCCCCGCUAACUGAUAGCAAUCCCGACAAGAAUGUUCAAGAUAUUGUAAACAGCGUGCAAAGCGUGCUGAACCAGGAGGUGGCUUCUAGCUCAGCAAAGAAUAGCUCCGGGGAGCUGCUUCCCCCCCUGCUUGAUACCCCCGACGUCUCAUCGUCAUGGUCUCUCAUCCUGCCUGCCAUUUUCGGAAACACGGGUGGAGAUAUUUUUCCACAACAGCGUCCGCAGCAAAUUGUUAUGACCCCCGAGUCGGAGCUGCUCGAGACGUCCACCAGAGCGCCAUCACCGACUACGGUAGCUACAAAAAAAACCAAGCCCGCUAAACGCAAGCCGGGGACCAAGCGAAAGCCCGUCUCUACUACCAGCACCACACAGGUGACACCUCAAGUAGUGCAGGAGGAGCUGGAUCCCAUGGACUCCGUGUACACAGGCAUUCAGCAAUACCAGCAGGUGGCCGCGAAUAUGCCACAGUUUGAGCUCCUUCACAUGCAGCCCAUUUACCAGAAGCAACCUAUCCCAACGGGGCAGCCGGAAACAACCACGCGAAGAGUAUUCUACAACAACCAAGAAAUAAUUCACACGCCCACCUCCUCGAGCAGCGCCCCCUCUAGCACUGAGAUCGUUUUUACCCACCAUCUGGCCAAGAAGCCGGCCAAUGUUCAGCGCAAGCCGACACAGCCCCAACGCGUGAAGAAGCCCAACGGUGGUUCUACCUCCGAAACUACAUCCCAGGCUACUGGCGGUAAGCAGAAGGUCAAAAAGAAGACAACUACCACAACAACAACGACAACAACUACACCAGCCCCACAGCCCGAAACAGAGCCACCCACCGAGGAGGAGCCAUCACCAAUAGAAAGCGCGACUACAACCACCCAAGCACCUCCCUUAACAACACAGAAAAAGAAGAAACGUAAGCCCACACGAACACCAGGUACUGGAUCUUCUGGUGGCAACUCAAAGCCAUCAAAGCCAAAGCGAAAGCCCACGCCUUUACCACAGCAGCAGGUUGCCGGAACUCAAAAGCCGUCCAGACCACAGAGACCUCACAAGAAACCCAAGCCUACAGCUCCUACAACUUCCACUACGUCGACCACGACGCCAUCGCCUGAAGUGACCACUACAACUACGACAUCCGGACCAUUGACCACCUCUCCAGAAGCCCCAAUCACAGAGCCACCGGAGGAGAGUCCAGUAACCACCACUCCAGAACCAGAGCCCCAAACAACAAUCUCCACAACAACGACAACAUCAGAGGCUCCCACAACCACAUCCACAGAGGCACCUACAACAACAACAGAGGCUAUAAUAACAACAACAACUUCUACCACAACAACAACAGUUGCUCCUCUAAAGACCACAGCAAUACCACCUGCCCUGCACCACCAGAAACUGCACAACAAGCCCGUCAGCCGUCCAUCAACUCUGCACCACAACCGAGUCCACGCGAAACCAGUGCACAUCCCCACGACUGAAUCGAGUAAGGUGGCUGGGGAGCCACAAGCUUCCGAAAGCUACGGAUUGGUUAAUGUAAUUCCCUUCUUGAGCACCACACACAAACCAUUAUAUCCGCUGCCUAGCUACGAUGCGGACGCCUCUUCAAAUGUGACUACUACAUUAACUGACACUCCGGCUCCUCACUCGCCCCAAAAGAAGACCCCACUGCCUUCGCUGGCGCAACUGCAGCAGCAGUUGCAUCUCGGCUCACCAUCACCGGCGCCACAGCUCUCGCCCGCUCAGAUCCUCUCAAUGGACCAAAUAGUGCAGUCGCUUACCCAGGACCUCUCAUCCACAGAUAAAGCGGAAGAAGACUCCGCUGCCAGUCCCGUAAGAUACGACAGUGCGGAAAGCAAACUGCAGAUUGAAGCCCUGGCCAGCAAGAAGAAAGUAGCAGUCAUCGCCAGCACCAGCCCUGCACCAACCACAACCACUACAACUAGAAAAUCAACUACCUCCUCCAAACCCACCUCAAUUUUGACCAGCAACAAGCCACUUAAUGCCCAUUAUGGUGGCAGCACUUUGGCCACAAUGCUCUCGGAGGAGGGGGAGGAUGUUACCGACUCCAUGGAAUCUCUUAAAGUCCACCAGCAACCAGCAGAGACCACGCUCAGCAGCCUCGAGGACGAUGACGAAGAGCAAACACCCGUUGUGCUAAUCACCGCUAGACCACAGUACUUUACGGUAACAAGGCAGCCGGAACCACUGCAGCCAAUAAAGACCGAUUCGACCGAUGAGGAGCCGGAGACCACCGAGUUGCCUGGACAAACACAGUUUCUGGUAACAACGCCGAUGUCACCGCUGGAAGAGCUGGAAGCUACCACGAAUAAGCCUGAAGUCGAAUCAAUCUAUGUAAAUAUACCUGAGGAAAACGAACCUAAGCCCGCCGGCGGUUAUAUUCCAAAUUCCGUUGAAAUUGGGGAGGGGGUGAAUGCAGUUGUGGCCACCACAGAACAGACACUAAGACUUCCAGUCUCCGAGAGCAGCACAGUCGCCGAUUUCGACAGUACCGAAGUUACCCCCAUGAUCGCUGACCUGGUGCACCAACUCAAUAUGGAAAUGCUUAGGCCCACGGACCGAAUAUCCAUGGCGAACUUCCAGACACAGGCAGCUACUGUUGCCUCCACACUAGUGGAUGGCAGCAACACGCUCGUCUCGGAUGUCCCUAUAAACUCAAACGAGACAAAGGAUGAGAUCGAAUUCCUUAUGUCCGAUGUUAUACAGCAGAUAACUCAGGGAGAUCAGAGCCAUCCUCCACAGAAGGCGAAGCCGAUAGACGAUUCAAACCGCCUGACCAAUUUCGCACAACUGAAUACCUCUUUCUUGCUUCACCCAAAGCCAGAAAAAUCGGAGGAGACCACGGAGUCUCAAGAACCAUACAAACUAGAAGCGACGCAAAGUACAUCUACUGCAGCUUUUAUCAAGGAGGAAUCAACUUUUCCUGCAAAUUCCAUCCAUGUAGAGACGAGCACGCAUCGGAUUCCAAUUCUAUCGCUCUCCCAGAUUUAUGCGCAGCAACAGCAAGAUGAAGAUGAGGAACAGCAAGGUUUUGCAAAUGAACGACUCGAAGUUCAUCCAACUUCAGAGCCCUUAAGGCACGAAACGGAAACUGUCCCCAAUCCGGAGAAUGCAUCCACUGCAGCACCCACAGUAGAUACCACCGAGGCUGAUACCGUUGGGGCUGUCAUCACCACUGAGCGUCAGCAGGCCCAAGAACCCAGCCAGGAGGAGACGACUUCCAGUGAAGAGGGUUCCGGCAGCAAGGAAUCAACAACCGGUUUCAGCGAAAGUUACACUCAUGCCGAAAGCGAAGAGGAAACGCUUGAGCUGUUAACAAAUAGUUACAAUGAGCAGCAGCAGACAGAAAAAGAGCACGAGCCCGUAUUCACCACGACGGAGGAGUCAGCAUCUACCACGCACAUGUCUAUGGUGGAAGAGACAACAUUGGCGACGAACGUUUUUCAAGACGGACAGGGAGAAGAUCAAUUGUUAACAACGGUGAAAGAAGAAUAUCCAGAACAGCACCCACAAGGAACCCAUGCGGCGGUUUUGGGGGACAGCGUCACCAACGCAGCCCAACUACUGCCCCAGUAUCAGGCGCCCACCAGCGAAGAGCAUGAGGAAGAUGAAGUGAGGGUCACGGAAAUACCCGGUGACAUGUCCUUGGCUUCUUCCGAUUCAGACAUGUCCCUGAGCUCCGAACAGGUGACUGAGAAAAUCGAAGUGAGCACAGUAAAGUCACAGGAAUUGGACGACGAAUCUUUGGAGGAAAUUUCCGACGAGCUGACAGCUACCGUGUCCGAGGAACAGGACGCUGCGGAUGACGAGGCGGUUACAAGUGCUCAAAAAAUUCAGCCGGACGAUGAGGAUCCCUACGUGAAGCUGGGCGAAACGACGGCGAGUCUGGUGAGACCGCUUAAACCCAACAAAGAAGAGGUCAAUGAGGAUAAGAGCGUAACUGAACCUGAUGAGGAGAACCACAAGGUUACAUUGCCUUUGGCUAGCUACGGACAGGCGCCAGUAGAUCAGGCCGAUGAAGAAGACGAGGAGGAUCAAGUAAUUUACCAUCUACCUCUCUCUCUGCCCAGCAGUACAACAACAAGUAUUACUACAACUUCUACAACUACUACUAAAAAGCCCACUACGGAAACCCCAACUUCGACCACUACGUCUACGACCCCACCCACAACAAAGCGAAUGAACACUUUGAAGCCAGUUUCCUACUAUGUUCAGCCCUCGCUUCUGGGUGGAUAUAAUCAACUGGACUUGCAGCCGCCAAAGGUGCUGCCCUACAAUGCUAAUGCUAACAAGGUGGAUACAGCCCUGCCACCGGCUCUAUCCCAUAGCCCAUUUCAAAACACGUUGAACCAGCAGCGACCAACCCAACGACCUCUCUUGCUGACCAAUCUUAUGGCCAGCUCCACGCAAUCGACAAGACCACCAGUAAAACUAGAACCUAGUCCAGAAUCUUCGCAGGGGCUUGAAGCCUCCACAGCGCUAAUGGACGAGGAUCUGCAAUCUUUUGCCCGGCUCUGCAACGAGCUGGCUUUCAGCUACUGGCGUGCCAUUACCUCAGAAAAGAUCAGUUCGGCCAGAAGUCUGGUCAUAUCCCCGUUCGCUCUGACUUCCAUGCUUUCGAUGGUCUUCCUAGGCGCGCGCGGAAGCACGUCCGGGGAGAUGAACGAGAUUCUGAAGCUGGACGACAUGGUUACCUUUAACCCACAUCUAAUCUUCAAGAAUAUAACCAACUCAGUGGAGCAGGCUACGGACAGCGAUAUCGCGACAGCUGCCUUUGUACGCGAGAUCUUUAGCGACCGUGCCAACGGGAAAAUACUGCCCUUCUUUAAAGAGAAAACCCAACAGCUGUACGCCGGUCACGUCGAGGAGGUGAACUUCCAUGUGGUCAACGAUAUCGUGCGACGCCGCACGAACCUGUUGGUGAAGCGGCACACGAUGGGGAAGGUUCUUGAGUACCUGCGUACCAACAGUGUUUGGGUGAAUGGCCCAUUGGCAACGAUCUCGGCCAAUCUCUUUCAGACGGACUGCUCGCACGGCUCCACUGCAGAUCGUGAUGGGGAGAUGUUUUUCCAAGUGCAUCCCACAGUGCGCCAGCGCCGGCUCGUGCCCAUUCCGGCCGUGCUUUACCGUUCCGGCUUCUUGGCGGGCUACGAGCCUCAGCUGGACGCCACCGUUGUGUCCUUCGGUCGAGUCCAAGACACGGUUAGCACGGUAUACGUGAUGCCCGGCCACCAGAGCUCCAUUUCGCCGAUGGACAAUCUGGAGCGCUUGGAGCGCAGUCUGGUGGAAAGGGCUUUCGGGGAUUCGCGGGCCUGGAGCCGGCUGCUUACCUCUCUAAUGGAUCGGCCAGGCAUGGAGGUGCAACUGCCUCGAUUUUCACACCGCUCGUUUGUUAACGCAUCGCUGGGUCUGCAGAAGAUGGGCCUGCGCGGCCUCUUCCAGUCGGACCUGGCUGACCUACGGGGUCUAACUGGCGCCGGAAACCGCGACAUCUUCCUUUCCGACAUGAUCCAGAUAAACACGUUCAGCACAUGCGGCGAAGAGAAGAUCUCCGAGCAUCACCACGUAGAAAUGUACCCGGCACCCCCUCUGCGAAAGCGGAACAAGGAUGUGGACGCUACUGAUGAUGAUGCCUUCGACUCCUCGGAGGCAGUCGUGGAUUUCGGCUCGCUAGUGCAGGAAUCGGCGCUAGGACGGGGCUUCUACGACGACCUGCUGGACCCGAAGUACCUGGAGCUGCCGCUGCCACUCCGUCCACGGCAAGCUCGCGUCCCAGAUGCACCACGGCUGCGGUUCGACAAGCCCUUCCUGUACUUCGUGCGCCACAACCCCACUGGCAUGAUUCUGUUCAUGGGACGAUUCAACCCGCGCCUGCUGCCGUGAAGAGGACGCAGCACCAGCAACUGAGGGUCGUUUUCUUGUUAAUUCUUGGAAUGUGACUUAGUGAAUUUAUAUCGUACUUGUAAUAAUAACUUUAUUCUUAAUUAACGCUGCUUGCUGUGCCUUAAUCUCGCGUCCCGCAUC